UUUAGUGAAAGAGCGGGAAGACUGAGGGACACAGGGAGAAGCUGCGCUAUCGUAAAUACAGUAUCUUAUGCAUUCUAAAUUACCACCCAUUUGGAAAAGGAAAAUGCAAUAAAUAUUUACUCUGAGUUGAGCUUCGGUAGGUUGGUGGUAGAUGGAAGGCGGCAGGGGAGCCUAGUGGUUAGAGCGUUGGACUAGUAACCGGAAUGUUGCAAGUUCAAACCCCCGAGCUGACACGGUACGAAUCUGUCGUUCUGCCCCUGAACAGGCAGUUAAUCCACUGUUCCUAGGCAGUCAUUGAAAAUAAGAAUAUGUACUUAACUGACUUGCCUAGUUAAAUAAAGAUUUUAAAAAAGGCUGUAAUAACGUCGUUGUGGGAUACUCUGUCUGUUCCUUCCUUGUUUGCAGCGGCUGUUGCUAACCAUUUACAUGGCUAGGAGGUCACUUCUGUAGUGAAUAAGAGUUCAAAGUUCAUACCAUUCUCAACCAAGCUCACACCGAUGUUGGCUUCGUUCUGUAGUUAUUAUCUGAACCAUUCUGAAAUCGGAUCGUCAUCCUCGGAAUAGGAGGUUACAUUGUCGUCAAGGUUUUAUAUGGGAAGGGAGAGGAGGGCAUGUUUGAAAAGUUUUAUAGCCCAUGUCCCUUCACAUGAUAUGAAAACCCAAAUCUCACAUUUUAGAAGCUACAAUCACAUUUCAUCCCAUCAUGAAUAAUUUCAUAUUCAAACAUUUAAAUUGAACAACAAUUCCAUGUGAAUCCGAUAACUCUGAUGUGUAGACUUUCCACUGUAGAGUUUAUGUCAUCUUAUCAUUGAUGAGAAUGUCUCAGAUGACAACCGAACUGACAUCAUAUUCAUUAAAGUACCACUGCAUAUGUUCAAUUGGUCAGAUUACCAGAAUAUAGUUAAUUUCCUCCCAACUUCUGAUGUUCCCUCUAUGUUAACCAAGGUGUUUGCAAAUGUAACAUCAGCAGGGUAGAGAGAGGAAAAAAGGGGGGGAAAAGAGGUAUUUAUGACUGUCAUAAACCUACCCCCAAGCCAACGUUAUGACAAGUAUUUUGUGUCGAUCGUUGACCAACAUUUAAAUCCAUUUUAAUCCCCCUUUGUAACACAACAAAAUGGUGAAAAAGUCAAGUGUUGUGAAUACUUUGUGUGUAGGAUAGUGUGUUAGAUGAGGGAAAUACGCUAUAGAAUCUCAUAUGAUCUGUACUGGAAUGACUAGCAGUCACGGGACAGUGUCUGAGAAACAGUGAGUCAGGUGAGGAGACAAACAUAGAAUCCUCCCUGCAUACUCUAUCCUUAACACAGCAGUCUCAGCAUGGACACCCGGUCACUCUGCAGAAUGGUGAAUCUCCUAUUGUGUUUCAUGGAAGUCCUGGGUGCUGCUUCGAACGAUGACGGCUGGUCUAUGAAGGUUCAGGCGGAGGUGCGUGCCAUGGAGGGCUACCCAGUGGUGCUGCCUUGCUCCUUCACCCACCCCCACCACACGCUGCACUCCUCCCUGCAGGUGGUGUGGCGGCUGGGCCACGGCCAGAGCUCUACGGUGCUCUACCACUGCUCCUCUCCCACUGGGGCCAGGACCUGCCAGCCAGGCCCUCAGCAGGACCAGCGUUAUCGCCUGGAGGGGAAUCCCCGAGAGCACGACCUCUCCUUGCGCAUCAACAGUGCCGCCCUGCAGGACAACGGACGCUACUACUGCCGUGUGGAGGUCCCCGGACACACACACGCCAGCUUCGAGGAUAAGAUGGGCACACGGCUUAGAGUUGAGGCUGCCCCACGAAUCCUGGGCCUGUCAGUGGAGGGCAGUGAGGAAGCUGGCUACAGGGCUCAGUGUCGUGUCCAGGGCUCUCCCCUACCUGACGUCCAGUGGCUGGGGCCUAACCAGCUCAUGGAAGGCUCCGACAUCUCUCCCCUCUCCCAGGAGUCCCUCGAGCAACAUUACACCACCAGUCAGCUCCGAGAUGUCCUCCCUGGGCAGCAGUACAUAUGUAGUGCCUCCAACCCCCUGGGGAAGGACCAGGCCACCCUGUACAUGCUGCCCCCCAGGCAGGUGCAGGUCUCUGGGGAGGCCCCUCCGCUGCUGCUCCUGCUCUCCCUCUCCCUGGGGUUCAAGGUGCUCCUGCUGCUGGGGGUGGUAGUCUGGCUGCCGCAUGGAGGAGGCCCAGCAUGGCUCAGAUGCUGGUUCAAAUGAUACACUGUUUGCAUAUGCAUACACACUAAUCCAAAUGUUUUAACUUCUCAUACAUUUUUCCAUUUGUCUUCAAUAAAUAAUACAUUAUGGA